AUGGAUUCCGUCAGCAUCGACGGCCUGGGGCUGGCCGCUCAUCCGAUGCAGCCUAUCAGGCGUGCCCUAGACGCUCUUCAUAACUUCUCCCCAGUCAUCCUAUUCGUUGUCUUUGCUGUGUCCUUUGUGGUCAACACCGUCAUUGCAAACCGGAAAAUUGAGCCUUCGGUGCAGCACCAGAAGGGAGCAAGAACCGGUCCAGGAGGUAGACCGCUGCCAACUCGCAUGAGGAGUACGGCCGUGCUGAUUGCCCGCAAAACUCCUGAUUUCUCUCCUACAACAAAGCUAGUUUUUAAAUGGCUGGCAGUGGGUGUCUUGUUCAGCUUCAUUGCUGAAGCAGCUAUUGAUGUAGCACACAUUAUCCUUCAUCGCAAGGAACAUUGGUGGUGUGGUCAAUCAGUCGUAGUUCAUGUGGUUGGCACUUUCUUUGUUCAUACUCUGGUGCUGAUAUCACUUAUCGAUACCACACCUGCACCGACAGUGGCACAGCUCAUCACCUGGAUAGUCUCUAUGCUGCUGGAGUUGGUGAUACUGGCCCUGUUUCUCGAUAUCAACACCUCCCCGCACCACGAACCGGUUGUUGGUGACCCUCUCGGUGGUCCGCUCCGGAAGGGCCUAACAACCUGGGAGUCUGGCCUGGUGCUUACAGCCAGCGCUCGUAUCUUGCUUCUCCUCUGUCUUGUUGUUGUCUACGGCCUCGCCUCCUACGGCUUGAGAAGCAGCAGCCAUACCGGCAACGCCACGGAGACGACGUCUCUCCUACACUCCAGCAAUGGCACGACACACGCCAAUGGUGAUCGUUACGGUGCAUCUCAUCGAAAUUUAAAGCACGAGGAUGACGAUCAACCAGAGGAGGACGGAUGGGUACGGCCAAAGACGCUUCCAUCCACCAGCUGGUGGGAAUAUAUGAGUGGCUACUCGCUCUUCUUCCCCUACCUCUGGCCAUCCAGAUCUAACAAGCUGAAAUCCAUCGUCGUUUUCUGCUUUAUCCUUGUCGUUCUCCAGAGAGGCGUUAACCUUGGUGUGCCUGUUCUCGUUCGUAACAUCGUCAAUAUCCUGGCACAGGAGCAUGGAAACGAAUUCUACGUUCCAUGGGGUACCAUAUGCCUCUAUGUCCUCUUCCGUGUACUCCAAGGUUCUCAGGGCUUGAUCGGAUCCCUGCGUUCCUUCCUAUGGAUCCCUGUCGGCCAGUACUCGUACAUGGAGCUAUCAACCGCCGCCUUUGAACAUGUUCACAGUCUCAGUCUCGACUUCCACCUCGGCAAGAAGACCGGAGAGGUGCUGUCGGCACUGGGAAAAGGUAGCUCUAUCAACGGAUUCCUUGAACAAGUCACGUUCCAGGUUGUGCCGAUGUUAGUUGACAUGUGCAUUGCCGUUGGCUACUUCUUCGUUGAGUUUGAUGUCUACUACGCUCUAGUCGUAGGCAUCAUUACUUUCCUAUACCUUUACGUGACCAUCCGCAUGACCAGUGGAGAAAAUGACUCAAUGGUAUCAUAUGAAACGGUCAAAUACUUCAAUGCUGAACCAUACGAGUUCAACCGAUACCGUGGGGCCGUUUCUGAUUACCAAGCCGCCGAAUACCAUGUCCUCUUUUCUCUCCAGCUGAUGAAUACCUGCCAGAACACUGUUUUCAUGCUGGGUCUCCUCAUCACUUGCUUCAUUUGUGCUUUCCAGAUCGCAAAUGGCCAGAGGGAUGUCGGCCAGUUCGUCGGCCUACUCACUUACAUGUCCCAACUCCAAGGUCCUCUUAAUUUCUUCGGUACUUUCUACCGUUCAAUCCAAGGAGCCAUGAUUAACUCGGAACGAUUGCUGGAGCUGUUCAGAGCGAAGCCAACUGUUGUUGACGCACCUGAUGUCAAAGAACUCCGCUCCUGCAAGGGCGGAAUUGAGUUCGACAAGGUCCAUUUCGCGUAUGAUAGCCGCAAGCCAGCUUUGAACGGACUAUCCUUUGAGUGUAAACCUGGAACAACCACGGCUCUUGUAGGAGAGUCUGGCGGUGGAAAGUCCACUGUCUUCCGUCUCCUAUUCCGCUUCUACAACUCUAUUUCUGGCCAAAUCCGCGUGGACGGUCACCCGGUCGAGAGUGUCUCUAUCGACUCGCUCCGCCGCCACAUUGGUGUUGUUCCGCAAGAUACUGUCUUGUUCAACGAGACUCUUAUGUACAACCUGAAAUACGCUAACCCUGAUGCUACUGAUGAAGAUAUAUACGACGCCUGUCGUGCUGCCAGUAUCCACGACAGAAUUCUUACAUUCCCUGAUGGUUACCAAACUAAAGUUGGAGAACGUGGUCUCAGGCUAAGUGGCGGAGAGAAACAGCGAGUCGCGAUUGCUAGAACUAUCAUCAAAAAUCCACGUAUAAUCCUUCUGGACGAGGCCACUGCUGCUCUUGAUACGGAUACCGAAGAACACAUCCAAGAGGCGUUAGCUACCCUAUCAAAGGGCCGAACCAUGCUCGUUAUUGCUCAUCGUCUGAGCACAAUUACCACCGCUGAUCAGAUUCUUGUCUUACAAAAUGGGCAGGUUGCCGAGAAGGGCACACAUGAACAGCUUUUAGCUAUGAAAGGCCGUUAUUCGAGCAUGUGGCGCAAGCAAAUCAAGGCUCAGCGAGCCGCCGCUGAAGCGCAAGUGUUGCAAGACCGCGCGGAACGACUCCGAAGCAGCUCUGUGGUCGUUGGUGGUGGUAGCGAGGAUAGCUCUAGCCAGUCUGACGAAGACAGGCAUGUGGAUUCCUCUGGUCGCCCACGUCAGUCCCUUACACAUCGUUCUACCAAGGCCUCUGAAACGAAGCCUACCGGCCCUUAA